CGGAGUCGCGCAAGGUCACACUUUUUCCAACUGAUAAACUCCGAUGGUCUGUGAAUCAUAAUAAAUUAAGUAAAAAGUGCUGAAACUACACACACAGACUCUCAGACACAAUGGCAGCCACCCUGAAGCCCUACCUGACCGCCGUGCGCCACUCGCUGACGGCGGCAAUGUGCUUGCAGGACUUCCCCUCUCAGGUGGUGGAGCGGCACAACAAGCCUGAGGUGGAGAUCUGCUCCAGCAAGGAGCUGGUUCUCACGCCCGUGGUAGUGUCACGAAACGAGCGCGAGAAGGUCCUCAUCGAGCCAUCAAUCAACUCGGUGCGCGUCAGCAUUGCCGUAAAGCAGGCUGACGAGAUCGAACGCAUCCUGUGCCACAAGUUCACCAGGUUCAUGAUGCGCCGCGCAGAGUCCUUUGUCAUUCUGCGUCGCAAGCCUAUCGAGGGGUACGACAUUAGCUUCCUGAUUACAAACUUUCAUACGGAGCAGAUGUACAAGCACAAGCUGGUAGACUUCGUUAUCAGCUUUAUGGAGGAGAUCGACAAGGAAAUCAGCGAGAUGAAGCUGGCAGUUAAUGCAAGGGCUCGAACCUGUGCCGAGGAGUUCCUGAAACGCUUCUAGGCUAAUGCUGCGGUCAGCUUGCAGACAACCCAUUGCAACUCCCUUUUAAGAGAACUCAACUUAGUCUCUGCUAGGACACUUCUUAAGUAUUUCCAAAUCGAUUGAAAAAUAAACCAGGUUUUUGUAUUAUUUACUUAAA